GGAACUGUCACAUAAGUGGAAUCCAAAACAAAUUGGUGGCCAUCUUUUGUUAAAAGGACUAACCCAUCUGAUUGCAAUGCCUUUUUAUUCUGCAAGCCUGAUUGAGACUGUGCAGAGUGAAAUUAUUCGGGACAAUGCUGGAAUUCUGGACUGUAUAAAAGAAGGUAUUGGCAGAGUGAUUGGUAUGGGUGUCCCUCAUAGUAAACGAUUGCUCCCACUUUGGACUCUAGCUUUCCCAACAAUUUUGCACGGAAUCCUUCAUUACGUUAUCAGUUCUGCCAUCCAGAAAUUUGUCUUGAUUAUUCUACGAAAGAAGACACCUCACAGUCUUCCAUCUGAUAACUCUAAAUCUGUGCAGAACAUGCUAGAUGCCUAUUUUCCUGAACUGAUUGCAAGCUUUAUUGCCAAUCUUUGUGUAGACGUUCUCCUUUUCCCACUGGAAACCGUUUUGCAUCGCCUUCACAUUCAAGGAACACGAACAAUCAUUGACAAUACUGACCUUGGCUAUGAGGUGCUUCCUAUUAACACUCAGUAUGAAGGACUGAGAGACUGUGUUAAUGUCAUCAAGAAGGAAGAAGGAGUUCUUGGUUUUUACAAAGGAUUUGGAGCUGUAAUCGUUCAGUAUUCACUGCAUGCAGCUGUUCUACAAAUUACAAAACUUAUUUAUUCUGCUCUCUUGCAGAAUGCUGCCUGACGCUGAAAGAUGUUCAGGUACUGUGGUGUCAUGAAAAAUGGGGAAGUACAUGCACAUGGUAUAGCCUUGAUGGACCAUAUCCAGCAUCUACAUAUGUUUGUUUCUAAGUACAUUAUAUUACAUUUUGAUAACUAAGUUGUGAUUGGUUUGAUAGGUGUUAAAUAAGAUGUUGCCACAUUGGUUAGUUUGUGUUUGAUUCAACCAGGGACUGGUAUGUGAUUUAGUACUUCAGCAUAUGCCUAAUCAGUCAACCAUUACUCUUGUAGUCUGCCUUAUUAAAUAAUUUUCCAUGAAUGUGUUAUUAUACGUGUUGUAUAUUUUAGAACUGAACUGUUGUGAAGAAAUGUUUGUAUAUUCAUUAUGUUGAAAUGACAUAAUUAUAAAAUAUGUUCUGUGUAAAUUUUACAGUCCCUAUUUUUGUUCUUAAAUACUAAAAAUGCUGUUUAAUGGUAUGGCAGAGCAAAUAUUUAAAGGAGGUAUUAUUUGUAGUACUAAAUGGCAGGAAUUUAUCUAGCUUUAAAAUAUUCAAAAUGUAUAUGUUAGCUCCAAUAAUUGGUGUUGUACAGUGUAUUUCAGAUGAGAAUGCUGUAAUUUAAUAUGUAUUAAUUGUGUAAGUUUCUCAAUAUAAAACAUACAUAGAAAAAA